AGGUUUAUUUCAAUACAUACAGUCAUGAACCACAGCCGAAAACUUGAUUCAGUUUAAUUAGAUAAGUCGAUUAGAAAGGUGUAAUUCAGAAUUAUUGCCUUUCCGCUGUUGUAUAAUACCUUAUCGCGGGGAUAUAAUUCGAAGAAAAUUUUAUUUGGGAAAAUAAAUCAAAAUUGAAAAUGAAGGUGCAACAAGACAUACCGAAAUGGAUGAAUGAGCAAUUCUUUGGCAAAGUUAUCAAAGCUUGCAUAUCCGAUAAAGAUGUGAAGAUUAUUGGUUUCACCAUCAAUCCCGCCUCUAAAUCAAGCGAUUUAUUUGCCAGUCCAAUAUUUCGUGCCACCAUUACAGUCUGGUCGAAACAAACGCCCCAGACCAAUUUCACUUUCGUUUUGAAAGUUCCAUCAGCAGCACGACCCGUUAAAGAAGACGCAUCGUUUGAGAACGAAAUCAGCAUUUACAGUUCGAUUCUCGAUGAAAUGCAUCGUUUAGUGAACCGUGCCGGGGAGAAUGUUCAAUUCGGUCCAAGGGUGAUUUAUUAUACAGCUGAAUCGAAUGCUGUUGUUGUGUUGGAGGAUCUAUCCGCGAAAAUGUAUGCUGUGCCGGAGACAACGAUGAAUUUAAACAAAACGUUAGCCACCGUCUAUAAGCUAGCCAGAUGGCAUGCAACAUCUUUGUUUAUGGCAAAUGAGAAUCAAAACGUGUCCUCAUUCGCCUCCGGUAUUUUUAACAAAAAAUACAGCGAAAACCUAACGUUCAUGCUGGACAACUAUCGGUAUUUCGUGAACGUUGUGCGAAAAUGGCAAGGAUUCGAAGAUUAUGUCGUCAAGCUGAGCGCAUUGGAAAAUUCGCUGUUGACGAAAGGGAAAGACAUUUUCACUGCCAAACCGAAUGGGUUUAAUGUACUGAAUCAUGGCGAUUUGAAUUUUAAGAACAUCUUAACCAAAGGCGAUGAGGAACAGAACGAUGUGAUUUUCGUUGACUUUCAGUAUUGUGUUUGGGCUAGUCCAGCGAUUGAUCUACUGUCUGUACUAUACUUAGUAGCUUCAUCGGACAUUCGUCAACGAUUCAAAAACGAACUGAUCACAUACUAUUACAAUGAGUUUACAAAAUCGUUAAGAAACAUUGGCCAUUUGGCAAAACCGCCAUCGAUGCUCGAUCUACAAAUUGAAUUGCAGCGAAACGGAUUCUUAGAGGUGAUUAUUGCGGUAUGCAAUCUACCAUUCAUACUUGUGGACCAGGACAGAAUUAAUGACGAAAGGACAGCCGAAAAAUUAAGAGACCUGGCGUAUACAAAUCCUGAAUUUUUAGACAUUAUCAAAAAUCAAUUGCCAUAUUUCCUUACCAAGGGAUAUUUGAAUUGAACAUUUUUAAAUCUGAAUUUAUAUAACGGAAUAUGGUCAUUGUAUGCUGAAUAAAGGGAUUUAAAAAUCUAAAUCG